AACAACGAGCGACGUCUCUCCAUUAUCACACUUUAAAUAUUACCGACAAAUUUCCACUUAGUGUCUACACAAACGGGUCCCUUGCUUCGGUUACUCCGAGUGACGUACAAAUGGGAUGUUUGAACAUCUUAAUCAUGUCCUUGUUAUUAGGACUCGAUUUGUGUGUGAUCGGGAUCAAUGCCCGUAGUAGAGCACAUGUUGGUUAUGUGCAAGAGCGGUUGACGGGGGACAUGCGGUGCAACGUGCCGGCGCAGACCAUGGCGGGGGCGGUGUGCGGCGCGCUGCGCGGCAGCUACUACGGCCACACCUACGCCAGCUUCCGCGGCGUGCCCUACGCGCGCCAGCCGCUCGGCCACCUGCGGUUUGUCGCGCCCCAGCCGGUGGACCCGUGGGAUGGAUUUUUCAACGCGUCAGUGGAAGGUCCCGUGUGCCCGCAGAGCGACGUGCUGUACGGGCCGAUGAUGCAGCCGCUCGCCACGGACGAGGACUGCCUGCACGUCAACGUGCACGCGCCGGUGCACCACCUGCCGGCCUGGGGCCGCCAGUGCUGCGGAUCCACCUGCCUGCCCGUGCUCGUCUUCAUACACGGCGGGGCUUUCCACUCCGGGUCCGGAGAUGGUGACUUAAAUGGGCCCGAGUAUAUGAUAGAUGAAAACGUGGUCGUCGUUACUUUCAAUCACAGACUGGGCCCGUUCGGCUUCCUGUCUCUGAACUCGUCCAGCGUGCCGGGCAACACGGGGCUGCGCGACAUGCUGGCGGCGCUGCGCUGGGUGCAGGAUAACAUUCGCGCCUUCGGCGGGGAUCCGCACAGGGUGACACUCAUGGGGCAGAGCGCGGGAGCUUCCGAAGCACACAUGCUAUCCCUUUCUGAAUGUUCUGAAGGAUUGUUCCAGAGAUUGAUUUUGAUGAGCGGAACCGCAGGAUCUGGAUUUUUCACAACUCGACCGAGUUAUGCGCAGAAUGUAAAGGAAUCCUUUCUGAAGGUGCUGGGCAUUAACAGCACCGACGCGGACGAGAUCCACCGGCAGCUGGUGGCCCUGCCGGCCCAAGCUCUCGUCGACGCCAACAGUGUGCUGCUCGCGUCUUCUGGCUUUGUCGUGUUCAGUCCGGUCGUAGAAUCCCAAUUCAACGGAGUGAAGAGAAUCCUCGAUAACGAUCCGGAUGUGUUAGUUGGGCUUGGAAGAGGAAGUCAGUACACGACUUUAUUGGGGUUCACGAACAACGAAUGCGCGUCGUUCAGACACAGGCUCGAUGAAGUAGACAUAAUAGGAACGAUCAAGAAGAACCCGAUCACAAUUUUACCGGCUAAACUAAUGUAUUCUGUCUCACCGGCCCGACAAGCAGUGGACGCGCAAAAGAUGAUGGAUAGGUACUUCGACGGGAACCCGUCUAUGGAGGAUUAUAUACCUGCAUGUUCAGAUUCUUUUUUCAUAUAUCCUACAUUAAAACUAGCCAAAGCCAGAUCUAUGAUAGGUGCCCCGCUAUACUUGUACAAGUUCUCGUUUAGCAGCUCCUUUGUGCCGGUGAAGCGAGCCUUCGGGAUAGAUUACGGAGGCGCCGGGCAUAUGGACGACCUGUCAUACGUGCUGCGAGUCAACUCUAUGCUUAAGGACACUAUGUUGAAUCCAAGAGACGAAGAGAUGAAAGAUUGGAUGACUCGUAUCGUUGCCAAGUUCGUUGUCUGUGGCAACGUGACAUGCACGGCGAACGCGAGGUGGAGGUGGCCGGACGUGUCGUGCUUCUCGGGCAAGCUGUGCGGCGUGAGGUGGCGGCUCUGGUACCAGGACCUCAGCCUCCCGCGGUGGCUCAUGUGGCCUCUCUCGAAAGAAGAGCGAUCCAUGAUCAACUUCUUUGAUCAGUUGUAUAGCUCUAUAGAUCUAUAGAGCUUAGUCGUCUCCCUAUUUGUAAAGAGUCAAUAAUAUCUGGAGGUUAGGGGACCGGGUAGGCCUAGUGGCGACGCUGCCUGUUAAGCCGGCGGUCCUGGGUUCGAAUCCCGGUAAGAGCAUUUAUUUGUGAUGAGCAUACGGAAGACCAGUGUCGGGGUCCUCCAGGGUCCCUUGGCAUGAAGCUGAGAGGAGACUUUUUCAGUUACGCUUUAAUACAAUAAUAUUUAUGUCAGUGUUGUCAGUGUUAUUAGUUAAGGCGUGGCUAAAUUGCCUAAAUGUUGACCUAUAGCUUUUAGAUUUGUAUUCUUUUUGACUGGUUUUAUUAUAGGUAUAAAACUUGUUAUUUGUCUAUUUUUCGUGCCAUAUGAUUAAAUAAAUUCUAUUCUAUUUGUUCCUGAGUCGUAGAUGUUCUCUAUAUAUGU